AUGCACUCUCUGCCAAGACUUAGAGCUCUUUCUCUCCUAAACCUGAAACUGAAAUCCACACACCAAUUGAAGCAAGCCCAUGCCCAGUUGAUUACCAAUGGUCUCAAGUCAACUUCCAUAUAUGGCAAGCUAAUCCAGCACUACUGUGCCUUAUCAGACCCAGAAAGCACCAGCCUUUAUGCCCAUUUAGUAUUCAAACACUUUGAUGAGCCUAAUCUGUUCUUGUUGAACACUUUGAUUAGAUGCACUCAACCUAAAGACUCCAUUUUUCUUUUUGCCAACUGGGUUUCUGAAGCAAGCUUGUGUUUUGAUGACUUUACUUACAAGUUUGUUCUUGGAGCUUGUGCUAGGUUACCUUCAGUACCAACAUUAGUUGUAGGUAGAGAAAUUCAAGCCCGGAUAGUAAAAGAGGGUAUCAUAUCAAACAUUUUAGUGCAAACUACUUUACUACAUUUUUAUGCUAGUAAUAAGGACCUUGGUUCAGCACGUAAGAUGUUCGAUGAAAUGUCUGAGAGAAAUAGUGUUACGUGGAAUGCAAUGAUCACGGGGUACUCUUCGCAAAGAGAAAGUGCCCGGGAUGCAUUGCUGUUGUUUCGGGACAUGUUGUAUGGCGAUUCUGGGGUGAAACCUAAUGAUACUACAAUGGUUUGCGUUCUUUCGGCGGCUGCUCAGUUGGGUGUGUUGGAGACUGGUGCUUGUGUACAUGGUUAUGUAGAGAAGACAAUGCCUGCUUCUGAUAGGGAUGUUUUUAUGGGAACUGGUGUUGUUGAUAUGUACUCGAAAUGUGGGAGUGUGGAUUGUGCUUUAACCGUUUUUAAGCGCAUGAAACAGAGAAAUGUCUUGACUUGGACAGCAAUGGCAACAGGGCUGGCUAUUCAUGGUAAGGCAAGUGAAGCACUGGAGCUUUUGGAUGUAAUGAAAGCUCAUGGAACAAACCCAAAUUCAGUGACUUUCACCAGCUUGCUUACAGCUUGCUGCCAUGUCGGGAUUGUUGAUGAAGGCCUCCAUUUGUUCCAUAUGAUGAAGAGCAAGUUUGGAGUCACGCCUCAGAUGCAGCAUUACGGUUGCAUAGUCGAUCUGCUUAGCCGAAGUGGGCAUUUGAAUGAAGCCUAUGACUUUAUAGUAACAAUGCCAGUUGAACCUGAUGCUGUCUUGUGGAGGAGUUUGCUAAGUGCAUGCAAUGUUCAUGGGGAUGUCUCAAUGGGAGAGAAGGUAGGUAAGAAGCUGCUCCGCAUCCAGCUGGCGCAGAGUUCUACAGAUGCAACUCCAAAGAGUGAAGACUAUGUAGCUUUGUCGAACAUUUAUGCUCAUGCUGAAAAGUGGGAUGCUGUGGAGAUGGUGAGAGAUGAGAUGAAGGUCAUGAGAAUAGAAAAUAAAGCUGGCUCUAGUUCAGUUCAAACUACUAGCAAUCAUGUCCUGGACGGGUUAUAG